AUGCCUUCCCUGUCCAAGAGCAGUGGCCCACUCCUUCCCGACACAGUUGUGACCAGCGCUAAAUACAGUGGGGAUGUUGGAAGACCCCCGAGCAGCCUUGGAGCUUCGCCACCAAACCUUUCAGAGCUGGACUCAGAGAGGCAAGAGCCCCUUCAGACACUCCAAAGGUCUGUCUUGGAGGAGGUGUUCUCGAAAGGCUUCAGCGAGAACAACAGUAAGGCGAACAGUGAAGGAGGAAGCAACACGCCACAGAAGAGGACCAAGGACAUUGGCUAUAGAUUGAGCCAGCGUAAGGCACUCUUUGGAAAGCGCAAACAGUUGAGCGACUAUGCCUUGAUCUUUGGGAUGCUUGGGAUCGUCAUCAUGGUGAUGGAGACGGAAUUGUCCUGGGGGGUUUACACUAAGGAAUCCUCAUACUCAUUCUCUCUGAAAUGCCUUAUCAGCCUUUCAACUGCUAUAUUGCUCGGACUAAUCGUGAUGUACCAUGCACGGGGAAUACAGCUCUUCAUGGUGGAUAAUGCAGCUGAUGACUGGAGGAUUGCCAUGACUUAUGAGCGGAUCUUCCUAGUUCUGCUGGAGCUGCUGGUCUGUGCCAUCCACCCCAUCCCGGGCCAGUAUGUCUUCACCUGGACGGCCCGGCUGGCCUUCACCUACAUGCCCUCAGUAACUGAUGCUGACGUGGACAUCGUCCUCUCCAUCCCCAUGUUCCUCAGGCUCUACCUGAUCAGUCGCGUCAUGCUGCUGCACAGCAAGCUUUUCACAGACGCCUCGUCGCGCAGCAUCGGCGCAAUCAACAAGAUCAACUUCAACACGCGCUUCGUCAUCAAGACUCUCAUGACCAUCUGCCCUGGCACCGUGCUGCUGGUCUUCAGUGUCUCCUGUUGGAUCAGCGCCUCAUGGACAGUGCGCAUCUGUGAGAGAUAUCAUGACACACAGGAAGUGACCAGUAACUUCCUUGGGGCCAUGUGGCUCAUCUCCGUCACCUUUCUCUCCAUUGGUUAUGGAGACAUGGUCCCUCACACUUACUGUGGAAAGGGUGUCUGUCUGCUGACUGGAAUCAUGGGGGCCGGCUGCACUGCCAUGGUGGUUGCUGUAAUUACGAGGAGGUCAGAGUUGACCAGAGCUGAAAAGCACGUUCACAACUUCAUGAUGGACUCUCAGCUAUACAAACGAGUGAAAAACACAGCUGCCAAUGUACUCAGGGAGACAUGGCUGAUCUACAAACACACAAAAUUAAUCAAGAAGAUCGAUCACGCCAGGGUACGCAAACAUCAGCGGAAAUUCCUGCAAGCCAUUCACCAAUUGCGCAGAGUCAAAAUGGAACAGAGGAAACUCAUCGACCAGGCUAAUACACUUGUGGAUCUAGCCAAGACUCAGAACAUGAUGCAUGAUCUGGUGUCUGAUCUGCAGUGGCGCAGCAAGGAGCUGGAUAGGAGGAUCGGUAGUCUGGACGACAAACUGGACUCCAUCCUAGUCAGUCUGCAGACCCUACCCAGCCUGGUCUCCCAGGCCGUCACACAGCAGCACAGGGACUUUCUGGAUGGCUUAGCCCCCCGUGUUCAGACAGCCUCCGAGGACAAUUGGGUUCCCGCCAGGCGCAAACGUUCCCCCUACACUGCACCACAGACCAUAUCUUACAGCUGAUAGGCUGCCAGUGCCAUCUCCACUGUUGUGACCUCAAAUUAUGUAUUUAUUUGAUAUUGUAUUUGAUACUAGCCAGGGACAUUCUAGCCUCUGUAUGAAUUUGAGAUUGGUUCGAUCUCUCCAGCACCAUCCCGCAGCUGUUUACCAUAACAAUUAACAGCGUGGCCGAUUUGAAGGUUUUCAGAAUCCCAAAUUCCUGCUUGUGUACCUGGGUCAUUCUUGAAUUGCGGUGGAAUUUGGGUAUGGCAUUUUGGAAAACAAUUUACUUAAUUUUAGGUGAUUUUUUAUUUAAUGUGUGUUAUAUCUUUUGUGUGUUAUAUCUUUUGUAACACCAAUGACACCAAAUGAUCAAUGGAAUUCUCAUGUCAUACUAAAGUGUGAUGAGCUAAUAACUGUAUUUAACCCCCUAAAGUCUAAUUAGUAUAGUAAAAACAUCCUAAUAAAAAAUCUGUCAGUUUAAGCUAGAGAUAUGUUUUUGCAUUGGAUGCGGCUCAAUCCACCUCAUCCGCCUA